AUGACUCAGCGGCUACACAGCACCGAAUGGAGAUACAGGGAAAAUAAGCUUUCUAAUGAUGUUAGUGAUGUUAAAAAUACGAAUGAGGUCUCUGAAAUUGUUAGUACGCAAGAUACCAUCGACGAAUCAUCUGAAAACGGUGACGACAGUGAGAGUGAAAAUAACGUGGGCGGAGAUAUGCAGGAAACGGAAGAACAGUGGGACAUCACUCAGAAAAUGAUAUCAGUAAGAAAGUUUCAAACUGAUUCACUGCCAACUUUAAGAAUCACGGUACAAUAUGCAUUGGAGAUUUUAAUGCUCUUGGAGAUAGAAAAUACACUUGGCUCCUCGAAGGAUCUAGAUGGGUCCCUCAAUAUCCUGCUACGUCUGACAAUGCUCGUCGAGGACAAGUUUUCACGAUAUAACCAUAAGUCCUGUGAAAGGCGUCGGGACAAGUUCGCCUGCCAUAAUCCCAAUCCAAAGCCCCUGAAUCGCAUCGGGACAAGGUCUCACGUUGUUUACGUUGCGGGAUCAGCUGGGCUUCUUCAGUCGCGCUCCUCAGCUGAAGAAUUUCCAACAAAGGUCAAAAUUAACGAAUGUCUUAGAGGCAUGGGCGGUUUGGUUUGGGUUUUGGGUUCACAUGAUGGUCUGGUUUUGGGACUUCAUCUCUACAAGUGCAUCGCUCUUGGUAACAAAUACCAAGGAUUAUUUAGGGCAGUCCUUACUGAAAGUUCUGCAUUGCUGAUGCCACCAAUACUUUGUCAAAGAAUUAAUUUAGCCUCCACAGCAAUACUUAAAACCAGGCAAUCCUCCACCAUAUAUGUUCUGGCAAGAUAUGUUCUCUACUGGAAUAAGCUUCGUACUCUGGAUCUCAGAGAUUACUGCAUUGUCUUUAAUACCAACGGUGAGCCAGGUUCUAAAAUGCCAAGCGAGACUUUCUAUCUCUUGUGUAAGAAGCUUCCCGAAGAUAAAAGAUUAAGGACAACUCUAAGUCAGCUGAAAUUGAGGUACAUUAUCAACCAGAAAGAGAAAGAACGGAGAGACGAAACAUUCUCACGGAAAUGCAUUUAUUGCUCGGAGACUGUGACUGGGGGGAUAGCCAAUUCCUUCCACCACCUCACCUUCAAACACGGAUUCUCUCUGGGUAAUCCUGACAACAUUGUGAAUGGGGCGCGGUUGUUGAACAUCUUAGAAGAGAAAUUGAGUAAAUUGCUAUGCCUUUGCUGUGAAAAAACCUUCAAGACACCGGUCCUGCUGCGGGAACACAUGAGGAAGAAACAGCACCGUUCUCUGAACCCUAAGAAUAAAAUGUAUGACAAGUUUUACCUUCUGAAUUAUCUGGAGCCGGGCACGCCGUGGCAAGAGGCAAAGCAACGCCACGACACAGAGAACGAGACGGAGUGUUUAGAUGUCGUGCCGCAGGAGACGGAACAAGAUUGCCUCUGGACGGACUGGAGGGAGGACGUGAGCACCUCGACGACUUGCCUCUUCUGCAGCUUCACCACCUCCAAGGUUCCUGAUGGGCUUUAUCAUCACAUGAAGAAUUAUCAUCAGUUUGACUUCGAGUACAGUACAAAGAACCUUACCUUCUAUCAGAAAGUUAUGGUCAUCAACUUCGUUCGGACACGUCUUAGGGACCUUCAGUGUCUUUUGUGUCAAGCUUCUUUUCCAGCUCUGCACAGUUUACAAGGACACAUGACGGAAGCUGGUCACUGUGUCCUUCCCAGCAGUUCACUUUGGGAACACCAACAGUUCCUUAUACCAGUAAUGAACAAUGAUGGUCUUCUGUGCCACUUGGAGGAUGUGGAGGUUGAGGAUGAAGAUAAGAUCAUACCAGAGGACUUGUGCGAGUACAAAAACUCUGUGCUGGAAGAUGACAAGCUCAGAGAAGAAAUCAAAGGCACCGAAGAGAAGGAAUUGGACAUCCCGGUCAUGUGCCUCUUCUGCCAUUACACAGUGUCAGGAGAGGAAUCGCACACACAGAUCUGCGGCCACAUGCAGGAGUUCCAUUCCUUUGACUUUACAGAUGUAAUGAGUGGGUUGCCUUUCUACAGCCAAGUCAAACUUAUCAAUUUCAUGAGGUGGAAGACUGCAAAGAAUGAAUGUUACAUGUGCAGUCACAGUUUCAAAAGCACAUAUAACCUAGAAGAACAUCGUGUGAUAUCAGACCACUUGGUGGUGCCUCCAUCUACUCUCUUCGAGGAUGAAAGGUGGUUACAGCCAGUCUUGGAAGGAGAUGGACUGCUGCAGAGACUGCGAGAAGAUGGGGACUCUGACGAGGAGCUUGACAGUUUCGAUCUUUGCCAAGAGGAGACGGUGUUUGGUGAAGACAUUCAAAUUCCAUCUUCCAUCCUCAGUAAUGGUGCAAUAAGACAGGAAUUACUGGAAAACAUGAAGGACCUGGUAAUAGAGGACCAAGAUUUGUGACAUGUGAUAUAGUUAAUAAAGAAUUUAUACUUU